ACAGAGCAGCAGCAGUAGUCUGGGGUCCUACAUCCUCUCUGCUGAGACUCACUGCCCCCCGUACUUAAAAGAUCUCCGGACCCCCAAUCCUCCUCCAUGUGCUUUUAACGGCUUUUUCACAGAGAACAGGGAGCGGCACAGCGAAGUGAAGUUGUGAGGACGCCGAAUCCGCAGCGUGCUUUCUGUUUGUGUUGAUGUUUUUUUCCUCUUUGGCCCGGCAUUCCCAGUAAACCAGGAAAAUUGCUUGGUGUAGCUGUAUCGGAGAGAAGGCUCGGGAGGAGGUGAAACAGCGGGACAUGAUGACUGAGAAAGAAACGGCGACAGAGAAGAUAAUAACAGAUGCGAUGGCUAAUCCUUCUCCAGCAAAGAGCAUGGGUGACCCUGGAAUCACCCCACUUUCUCCUUCACACACUCAGCAGAACGACACAGACCAGGUCCCAUCUGGGCAGUCGUUUGUGGUGGUGGUUGCCAUUGACUUUGGCACCACUUCCAGCGGUUAUGCUUACGCCUUCACUAAGGAGCCAGAGUGCAUUCACACUAUGAGGCGUUGGGAAGGCGGGGACCCUGGUGUGUCCAAUCAGAAGACUCCAACCACCAUCCUGCUGACUCCAGACAGGAAGUUCCACAGUUUUGGCUACGCUGCACGGGACUUCUACCAUGACCUGGACCCCAGCGAGUCCAAACACUGGCUCUACCUGGAAAAAUUCAAAAUGAAGCUCCACACCACUGCAAAUCUGUCCAUCGACACAGACCUCCACGCAGCCAAUGGGAAGCGAGUGAAAGCUCUGGAUAUCUUUGCAUAUGCAUUGGCCUUUUUUAAGGAGCAAGCAUUAAAGGAGCUGAGUGAUCAGACAGGCGGCGAUUUUGACAACAAUGAUGUGAGAUGGGUAAUCACUGUUCCUGCCAUCUGGAAAAUGCCUGCAAAACAGUUCAUGAGGGAAGCUGCCUAUAAGUCUGCUCUGGUGUCCCGUGAAAACCCAGAACAGCUGAUCAUCGCCUUAGAACCAGAGGCCGCGUCAAUCUACUGCCGCAAGCUCCGCCUCCACCAGAUGGUGGACCUGUGCACCCAGACCACCCAGAAUGGCUUCAGCCCCACUGACAACGUGGGGAGUGGAAUGACCCAAGUGUCUCCGGGUCAUGCUAAGGAGCAUGUCCGGCGCAACCGGCAGAGCCGCACCUUUUUGGUGGAAAAUGUCAUAGGGGAGCUUUGGUCGGAGCUGGAAGAAGGUGACCGUUAUGUGGUGGUGGACUGUGGCGGAGGAACAGUGGACCUGACUGUCCAUCAGAUCCGUCUUCCAGAGGGACAUCUAAAGGAGCUCUACAAGGCCUCGGGUGGUCCCUAUGGCUCUCUUGGGAUUGACUAUGAAUUUGAGAAGCUGCUGUGUAAGAUCUUUGGCCAGGAUUUCAUCGACCAAUUUAAGAUCAAGAGGCCUGCCGCCUGGGUGGACCUGAUGAUUGCAUUUGAGUCUCGGAAGAGGGCAGCAGCCCCUGACAGAACCAACCCCCUCAAUAUUAACCUUCCCUUCUCCUUCAUCGACUACUACAAGAAGUUCAGGGGCCACAGCGUGGAGCAUGCCCUUCGCAAAAGCAAUGUGGAUUUUGUGAAAUGGUCAUCUCAGGGGAUGCUGAGGAUGAGUCCAGAUGCUAUGAAUUCCCUCUUCAAGCCCACCAUAGACCACAUCAUCCAACAUCUCCGCGAGUUGUUUGAAAAGCCAGAGGUGAGUGACAUUAAGUUCCUGUUCUUAGUGGGAGGAUUUGCGGAAUCUCCCCUGCUGCAGCAAGCUGUCCAGAACAUGCUUCAGGGCCGUAGUCGCAUCAUCAUACCCCAUGAUGUUGGCCUCACCAUUCUGAAAGGCGCUGUGCUAUUCGGCCUGGACCCCAGCAUAAUUAAAGUCCGCCGCUCGCCCCUCACAUACGGGGUUGGCGUCCUCAAUCGCUUUGUUGAGGGCAAGCAUCCACCGGAGAAGCUGUUGGUGAAGGACGGCACGCGCUGGUGCACCGACGUCUUUGACACCUUCAUUGCUGCCGACCAGUCCGUGGCACUGGGUGAGAUGGUAAAGCGGAGCUACACACCUGCCAAGCCCUCUCAGCAGGUCAUCGUCAUCCACGUCUAUUGCUCCGAGAAGGAGAAUGUGGGGUUCAUCAGUGAACCCGGCGUCAGGAAGUGUGGCACACUUCGCUUGGAUGUGACUGGAACGGAAAGCACGGCACCACGGCGCGAGAUCCAGACGCUCAUGCAGUUCGGUGACACAGAGAUUCGUGCCAUGGCAGUGGAUGUGUCCACCGGACGCACAGUCAAAUCUAGCAUUGACUUCCUUAGCCAUUAGGAAAGGAAUGAGGGAGCUAAUGUUACAAAAGCAAUGGAAAUGGAAACAUACAGCUUACACACACACACACACACACACACACAAGCUGAGGAUAUUUACUGGAAAGUGGUUAAUGUUCAUGAAUUUCAAGGUUUGGUCACUCAGUGUAAGCAUGGGUGGUAGACAGUUUGAAUGAAAGUGUUAAACUUCACCUCAAACCUGGGCUGACAUUCAACUGUAGAAUCCACGUUAUGACAAGGAAAAGUAAAAGACAGUCUGGAUGAGUUCAGUGUGUUUUAGGUCCAUCACUUCACUCCGUCCCUGUAGUUUCCCGAGGAGCUCCACAGCAUUCACACAUUCAUAAUAAACCCCUUGCUACAGGCUACAGCUUUGUUGAGGCAGGUUUAAGAACUCCUGACUGGACAGAUAAAGGCCUAUUUGCUGUUGAUGUUUGAUCACUUCUUAGCCAUGAUGUAUUACAGCACAGCCUUUCAAAUCUUCCCUCCAGAGUAAAAGCUCUCCAAGCCAAAAAACAGGACAUACAUUAUAACACAAACAUGGUACAUACACAUUCAGAGUGCAUCUUUACAUGCUUCACUUUCUUUGUUUUAUGUAUGAUUACUAAAGUCAUAAUCAUAGUCAUAAUAACACAUCAUUAAGCUUUUAUGGAAGGUCUUAAUACUCUUCAUGUUUUAAACUUACAUCAGCUAUACUAGUGGUUUUGCACGAUUCAGCCCUUUAUACAUACUAUAAACUGUGAAUAUGUCACACAUUGCAUACCAUUUUAUUUUGGACAGAUUUUUUUUAGCAUCCAGAAAGCCAUCAGUAAUAGGAAUCUACUGCAGUAGCUUAAAUCAGUUUUUAUUUCAGAUUUAUUUGUAUAGCGCCAAAUCAUAACAGAAGUUAUCUCAGGACACUUUUCAAAUAGAGCAGGUCUAGACCGAACUCUUUAAAACAUUAUUUACAGAGACCCAACAGUUCCACCAUGAGCAAGCACUAGGCAAGAAAAAACUUUAAACACUUAGAAACCAGGUUCUAGGUUUGCAAAUGUUUGCCUCAACCGGUUGGCUCAGUUAAGUAAUCAUUAGUAAUCAUCAACACAUACAUGGCCAGUUAGGAUAAAUGGUUAUAUACCGUUAGCUUCCAUUUUUAGCAUCUUUGUAAUAGGGAAUGGGAAUCAUAGAGCAUUCUGAGAGUCCAUGCUAGCUACGGUAACUUUAACUUUUAACUAUCAUUAUCUGUCACUGUCGCUGGUCAUCUGUCAAUUGUUCCAUCAUCACAUAUGUAUAAAGUAUGCUUGAAAGACAUAUUUCACUAGCAUUUGGCUGGUUCUAAUUUUGACAAUGGCAAGGAUAAAUGUCCUUUUAACAUUGAGCAGCCCCCAGCUCUGGUAGUAAUAUGACGAAUAAUAAUAAUAAUAAUAAUAACGAUUAUAAAGUUGUGUAAACAAUGAUCAGUAAAACUAUUCUUACAUUAGUGACAAAUGCAAACAUUAUCACCCAGGUCCAGAGCUCGCAAGCUAGCUGAUCCAUCGGUCAGCCAUGGAUGAAGAUGGGACCAAGGCUUGACUGUUUGGCCACUUGGGGGCAGCAAAACAAGCUGUAAACAACAUCGACAGAUUAGCUUCGUACAAAGUUGAUACAGCAAACUGACAUUCAGGAGACAUGGAGCAGCAGUAGCAUUCAUUUGGAGUCGUGUUUGUGUAAACCAGAUGAAGUCCAAUAUUUAAUUUCCCUUUAGCUCUGUUUUUGUUCUCCACCAACUCUUGAAAAAAAUCUGUCUCUUUAGCUUUAAAUGCUUCAUUAGUGUACAGUGGGCUUAUCAGAGCCUUUUUACUGGAAACAGCUACCUACUGCUGCUGGAAACCAGGCUGACCUUUGCGUGCCAUGAAACCAAAACACUGAGCUGAAAGACGCUAAAACCAUCAAUAGAGCUGUGGAAAACAAUUCUGUCAGUUUGUACAGAUUCAUUUUCACGAUUAAUUCCUUUGACAUCACACAUAUUCAUUUAUAUACAAAAAUGCUAAUGUUGAGCCUUAAUAUGCGUGGCUAAUUAGGUUUUACAGCCACAUACAGAUAGCUUUUGUUUUCAGCCUUUUCUUAACACUUCACUGGUAGUCUAACUCGAGCUGCAUGGUUGUUUAAAACACACCAGCUGUGGAUAAAGAUGUGACAGGGAUUUGAAGACGUUGCAUUUUUGCAAAUUUAUAUUAUGCUUGUUCAGCAGAUAAAUAGCUUACACAGUCUGUCCUGUUGUCAGGUUAUGUUGCACUCUUGUCGAGCAGUGAGCAUCAGGACAAUAGGAGAACCGUCCUUGCAAAAUAUGGCCCUUUUACUAACUUCAAAGGAUCUUGUUGGGCAUCCUUACUUGACGCAGUGAGGUGACCUGCUUAAGUAUUGAUCCAUAUUACCAAAUGACACAGUCCAUUUUUCAGUACUCUGGAGUACUGUAGCACAGCAGAUGGUACCAUAAAGGUACCAACAUCCAGCCCUACCUGGAUAUAAGGAAAUCAGCCUAAAAACUGAUGGCAUGCUCUGGAGAAGUAUGCCAAGUACAUCUGGUCUUUUCAAUCAAUAGGCCACAUCAAGCAAAGUCACUUAGAGACUACCCACAAUUAAAUCUGAAUCCAAGAAUGUGAAACGUGCUGUAGACUAAAUCUGAGAAGCCAGGACAGCCAUCAAAUGCGCUUAAUUGUUGCCUUUAUUUGUUUAUGCUUCUGAUUAUUUCAUGUGGACAAAAUGCCACUUGCCGACUUGAAUAUUUUGAAUCCAGGUGUGAUUCUGCACUCCGGUGCGGGCCAGCUGAGACAGACAAUGAAGUAUGUUUAUUUCUGUAAAUACAGUAUUUAAAUAUUGUACAGAUUUUUAGCGUUGUUUCAGCAGCUUUGGCAGUGUGUGUGUGUGUUUGUGAGAGCGAGAGAGAGAGAGAGAGAGAGAGAGAGCGAGAGAGAGAGAGAGAGCAUCUCUCAGCAUUUUUUUCUCACCAGCCAUAGCAUGAGAGGCCAAGGCAGGUUUGAUUUCUGUCUUCAUUCACAGUGAAAGACUGGAUGUGUCGCCUGUUACUUUUCUCACAAUCACAAAACCACAAAAGAAACUUGAAUACCUCCGUCCUUAAAGAAACAUUUCAAUAAUUAAGUCUGCCGUUAUAUAGCUUUGAAAUGGUGGCAGUAUCUGAAUGUGUCCAUCCCUCCUGCAGUACAAGUUCUGUAGGGAUUUCAUAAUGAUUUAUUACAUAUUCAUUAAAGACAUAUUAAGAGUGUUCCACCUACUGCAAAGAGCUUGAGCCAUCGCAUCUAGCAGAAAUUGUUGUUUCUGUGUUAAAAACUGAGACAUAGUCAGCAAUAAGUAAAAUGCCACAUUGGUUAAAGAGUGCCUAGUGUGAAUAAAAUGUGAUGUCAGUAUUCACUCAUCCCAUCGGAACAUACAGUGCAUUCCCUCACCCUCCUGACAAUAUACUUCGCUUUAUACAUUAGUGUGAAUUCAGAAGUAAUCACUGAGCAUCACACUGAUCGAUAGAAGGCCUUUGCCACAUCUCAAUGUUCCACAUGUUCACCUAACAUCCUCUCAAAACAGCUUGAAUUAAAUGGGCAUUACUGUGAGACACCUCUGUUGUCAGCCAGGACUGCAACAACAUCGGUAGAAAAAAAAAGUUUUGUCCUCAGUCCAGCUUGUGGAUGUAGUGACUUCAUCAUGCUGUGGGUACAUCUGCCUGCGGCUACCUUCAUCAUAGGAAAAACACUGUUGGUUUAACUUCUCAUUAAGAGGUUAUAUAAAAUUGGAAGGUGCGACAGCUAAUAUAAUACCUAGAGGUUUUGUUCCUUCAAAGGUUAACAUGUCAAAACUGUUGGCAAUAGUGCAAAUUCAUGUGUGAAGGUCAAAGUAUGCUUCAGAGCAUCUACAGGAAGACCCUGCAUCACCAAACUCUCUCCAAGAACUCAAUAAUAAAACCUCUAAUUCAAUGCAUAUACCUGACACCAUAUCCGAACACAACUCAAGGAGGCAGAUGUUGUUUACAAGACUUUACGCAAGUCUCUAAGCUAGCUGUUCAGCGAAGAGCUAGACAUGACACAUCCUGCAAAGAGACAACAUAUCACCUUGAUAAAUACUGGUAGAACAAUGAACCUUCUGUUGGUCGUCUGCUUGUUUGACUCAACAAAAAGCCCAAGUAAUUGUUGAGACAUGGAUAUUGUUCAACAACCCCCACAGGCAUAUUAGUAAUUUUGUGCUGUAGUGUUUCCAGGAUCUUGAUAUCUUAAUAAGAUGUUAUACCCAGUUUUUAAAGCCAUUUACUUUGAUUAUUUAUUUGAACUGUGAAUCAAGGCUUGUGUCGCUUUUCAGUGUCAAUGUACAAAGUCACACAAGCUGCUGUCUCUGGCACUUUCUGCAAUGCAUGUCUCGCAUGUGUCACAUAGGAAUGGCUUAACAACAACAAGCAACAAACAACAAGGUGAUUACUAUUACUAAUACACAAAAUCAAGGUUUACCACCAAUGAUGAUGAUAAUGAUGAUGGUAGUGUUUUCUGGAAUAAAUUGUGCUCCUCAGCCAUGUUGCCGUGUUGGAGACUGGCUGUGUGUGAUACCCUGCUGCUUCCUGAGCUGAUGAAGUCAAUACUAGUGCUCGUAACCGAGGGCAGCUCACUACCAUAGCAGGGCAGCACUUCACAUACCUUACUGAUAACUAACAUAAUAACCUUUUAUUCAUUUUACACAUCUCUAUACUCACAAAGGGUGGAUAUCAAGAGGGAGGAUUUAAUAAAACCAUGUUUCUAUUGUUUCCUCAGUUAGAUAUUUGCAAUGUGUUUUGUGCAACCUUGAGUAUUAUGUGAUUCACAAGAUACUUAUGUAGCAGCUUUAUACUUAAAGCUAUGAUAUAUGAAGACAUGUUUAGCUGACAUUUACCUUGUUUACUUUCUAUUCUUGUUUAACAGCAGCAUUUGACCUUUCAGCUGAGAACUUUUCGGUCAGUCAGUCUGAGGUCCAGUGGUUCCGUGGGUUUGAUUUGAGGUAGCAGUCUAGCCAGCUUGCAUCAUGUACAAGUAUCUGCUUAACACUAUCUAAAAUAUACAUUUUACAGCUAAAAUGAUCGAGCUUGUAGUUAGGAUAAUCUCAGCAACACAAUGUACACUUUGUUCUUUUAGUUCUUUAUCGAUGAUGCAAACGAGUUUUAAUUAUUUUUUUAUCUUGAGUUACUUAAAUGUCUUGUUCUCUUGCAAUUAUUACACAGUAAUGGAUGUAUUUUGUUCAAUGCCAAGUAUUCACUGUCAGACCGUCACCAAUAAAAUCUGUGUAUUUCAAAGAA